CCUCGGCCUCCACUCCACCACCACCUCCUCCGCCAUUCUCGCCGAUCAGUUCAUCCGAUCCACUGCUUUGCUUGCUUGCUUCUGCUAGGUUUGAUUGCUUCGUGUUUGAUUGCGCGGUGAGAUGCCUCCGAAUGGCCAGGACUUGCAUGGCGGCGGCCGCGGCGGCGUAGUCGUGCUACCUCCUCCUCCUUCGUCUCCGGCGACGCCGCACUCGCCCUCGCCGCCGCCGCCGCCGUCCAAGAUGGACUGCUUCUUGUCCUCCGUCUGCACGCCGCUCAAUCUCCAGUUCAUCGACGUGGCGUACCGGGUCAAGGUGUCGACCACGGCGGCGGCGGCGAAGGGGGCGCCGCCGGGGAGGAUAUCGCACGCCGGGGGAACAGGUGGUGGCGGUGGCGCGCAGGAGGAGAGGACGAUACUGAAGGGGAUCACCGGCGAGGCGAGGCCGGGGGAGGUGCUGGCGGUGCUGGGCCCAUCGGGGAGCGGCAAGUCGACGCUGCUCUCCAUCCUCGGCGGCCGCCUCGCCGGCCGCCACGCCGGGACGGUGCUGGCGGGCGGGCGCGCGCCGUGCCGCGCCGUGCAGCGGCGCACGGGGUUCGUGGCGCAGGACGACGUGCUCCACCCCCACCUCACCGUCCGCGAGACGCUCCUCUUCUGCGCCAUGCUCCGCCUCCCGGCCUCCUCCCCCGCAGCCGCCAAGGCCGCCGCCGCCGAGGCCGUGAUCGCCGAGCUGGGGCUCGCGCCGUGCGCCGACACCAUCGUCGGCAACGCGUUCGUCCGCGGCGUGUCGGGGGGCGAGCGGAAGCGCGUCAGCAUCGGGCACGAGCUGCUUGUGAACCCGAGCCUCCUCGUCCUCGACGAGCCCACCUCCGGCCUCGACUCCACCGCCGCCGCGCGCCUCGUCGCCACGCUCUCGUCGCUGGCGCGCAGGGGCCGCACCGUCGUCAUGUCCGUCCACCAGCCGUCCACCCGCGUCUACCGCAUGUUCGACUCCGUCCUCCUCCUCGCCGAGGGGACCUGCCUCUACUUCGGCGCCGGCCGCGACGCCAUGGACUACUUCGCCGCCGUCGGCUUCUCGCCGGCCUUCCACGUCAACCCCGCCGACUUCAUGCUCGACCUUGCCAACGGAUUCGCUCAAACAGAGUAUGAUAAUUGCAACGCAGCCGAUGGCGGCAACGUGAAGCAGUCGCUGAUCUCGUCGUACAACCGAGUGCUCGCGCCGCGGGUGAAGGCGUCCAUCAACGCCGGCGACGUCCACGGCGGCGAGCAGCAGCCACCGCCGCCGGCGGCGGAGAGCUGCAGCGGGUGCACGAGCUGGUCGAACCAGUUCGCGAUCCUGCUGCGGCGGAGCCUCAAGGAGCGGCGGCACGAGGCGUUCACGUCGCUGCGGCUGUUCCAGAUCAUCGCGCCGGCGCUGGUGGCGGGGGCCAUGUGGUGGCGGUCGUCGCCGGCGGCGGUGGGCGACCGGAUGGGGCUCCUCUUCUUCGUCUCCAUCUUCUGGGGUGUGUUCGCCUCCUUCAACGCCGUGUUCGCGUUCCCGCAGGAGCGGCCCGUGCUGGCGCGGGAGCGCGCGUCGGGGAUGUACGCGCUCUCGUCCUACUUCAUGUCGCGCAUGGCGGGCGACCUCCCCAUGGAGCUCGCGCUCCCCGCCGCGUUCACCGUCAUCGUCUACCUCAUGGCCGGGCUCAACCCGUCGCCGGCCGCGUUCGCGCUCACGCUCGCCGUGAUCCUCUCCUACGUGCUCGUCGCCGAGGGGCUCGGCCUCGCCGUCGGCGCCGUCAUGAUGGACGCCAAGCGCGCCUCCACGCUCGUCACCGUCGUCAUGCUCGCCUACCUCCUCACCGGCGGCUUCUACGUCCACAACGUGCCGGGGUUCAUGGCGUGGGCCAAGUACACCUCCUUCACCUACUACUGCUACCGGCUGCUCAUCGCCGUGCAGUACAGCGGCCGCCUCGCCCGCCUCCUCCCGCCGGAGGAGGCCCGCGGCGAGGCCAGCCCGGCCGCCUGCGUCGCCGCGCUCGUCGCCAUGUUCUUCGCCUACCGGCUGCUCGCCUACCUCGCGCUCCGCCGGGUCAGGAAGUGAUCGAGCACCUUGGUUCGAUCGCCGCCCGUGGUAAUUAGGUAGUAAGCUCUAUUAAUUAAUUCCGGCGAAGUGUAAUCAAAGACGUAACGCCGGCGAGCGAGCGAGCUAGCGUGCGCCGCCGGCGACGGAGAAGACGUACGGCUCGAUCUGACAAUGGUGUAGUUGUUGGCAUGGAGAUCGACCAUGGCUUCUGCCUUCUUCUCGUCCUCUUCGUUUUAAUUUUUUUUUCUUUCUUUUUUCUGUUUUUCUCCUGAUCCAUUGAUGGAUCGAGGUGUCAAGUGUAUUAUUACUGCCAAAUUAAUUAAAUUAAACUAAAAAAAUGAUCCGGUGUAAGUAACCAUCUUCA